GCUGUGUCGGUGUCUUCUCUGUGGAUGACGCUGGUGCGCAUCUCACCGACCGGGACGCAGAUCCGUGGACACCUCGGCCUUUUCCCCGCCGCACCGAGAGCCGCGUUUUCCCGGGAGCUGCAGCAGAGCGGAGCGUCUGGCCCUCGCUGCCGACGCGGGCUGGAGGCGGAGGCUGUUCGGUGGCUCAGUGUUAUGACAGACGGAGAUGACGGUCAUCAUCCUCAUCCAGAAGCAGUCCUGUUUGUUUUGCAUGGCGAAAUGAGGCAGGGGGUGGAGAGACGCCACAGAGACGCUGGGCUCCGGCCAAACAUCGCCGCAUAUUAGCGUUUUCUUCGAUGCUCGGGACUUGCAUUGCAUCGCAGCUGCUGCGCCGCUGAUCGUGUUUUCUGCAAAGUGCACAGUGGAAAUGCAACUCUUCUGAGGACAGCACCCCCCCACCCCCCCUCCAGAUGUCCGUUGCUGCUGCCAUGACAGGCAGAGGUCUCCUCUCGACCGCGGCUCAGCCGGUAGGAGAAGAGGCGGAUUGAUUCGGGACGGUGGGUCUCAUCUGCGGAUGUUAUUCUUGUGUGCGUGGAGCCUGCUGUAAAUAUCAUCCGCGCACACGCGCCGUGAUUGUCACUCAGGGACAGGGGAGAAAGAAAGCAACAUGUCUUCUCGAUCUGCAUUACCGUCUGGAAACGACAGGAGCACCGGAGACCAUCAUGUGUCGCUGGGGGCCAGCCGCUCAGACAAGGCCACCAGUCAGUCCAGCCGCUCGCUGGGUGCCCGAUGCAGGAACUCCAUCGCCUCCUGCUCCGACGAGCAGCCGCACAUCGGCAACUACCGUCUGCUCAAGACCAUCGGCAAGGGAAACUUCGCCAAGGUCAAGCUGGCCCGCCACAUUCUGACGGGCAAGGAGGUUGCAAUAAAAAUCAUUGACAAAACUCAGUUGAACCCAACCAGCCUACAAAAGCUCUUUCGGGAGGUACGAAUAAUGAAAGGCUUAAAUCAUCCUAACAUAGUGCAGCUGUUCGAGGUGAUUGAGACGGAUAAGACCCUUUACCUAAUCAUGGAGUACGCCAGUGGAGGUGAAGUGUUUGACUACCUUGUGUCUCAUGGAAGAAUGAAGGAGGUCGAAGCCAGAGCCAAAUUUCGACAGAUUGUUUCCGCUGUCCACUACUGCCACACGAAAUAUAUUGUCCACAGAGAUUUGAAGGCGGAGAACCUUCUGCUGGAUGCCGAUGCCAACAUCAAGAUCGCAGACUUCGGCUUCAGCAACGAGUUCACACUGGGCAACAAGCUGGACACGUUCUGUGGCUCGCCGCCAUAUGCUGCCCCAGAGCUUUUCCAGGGCAAGAAGUAUGACGGGCCUGAGGUGGACGUCUGGAGUUUGGGAGUAAUCCUCUACACAUUGGUCAGCGGCUCAUUGCCCUUUGAUGGGCAGAACCUGAAGGAGCUGAGGGAGCGUGUGCUGCGGGGAAAGUACCGUGUGCCAUUCUACAUGUCUACAGACUGCGAGGGGAUCCUUCGCAGAUUCCUGGUGCUCAACCCUGCCAAACGCUGCACCCUUGAUCAAGUCAUGAAGGACAAGUGGAUAAAUUCAGGGUAUGAUGGGGAGGACCUGAAGCCCCACAUAGAACCUGUUGAGGACUACAGUGAUGCAGCUCGCAUAGAGGUGAUGGUGGGGAUGGGCUUCACUCCAGAGGAAAUCAAGGACGCUCUGCUCAAUCAGAAAUACAAUGAGGUCACCGCCACCUACUUACUGCUGGGCCGCAAAGGCGACGAGGCCAGUGAGGCUCGCUCUGCCAGCAGCCUGUCCCUGGCAAGGGUACGACCCAGCCCCAUCACCAACGGGACCAACAAGCACUCCUCAGCCACUGGUUCCUCUUCCUCCUCCACCUCCUCCUCACACAGCAAGACCCAGCGCAGUGCCUCCACUUACCACAGGCAGCGACGGCACAGUGACUUCUGUGGGCCUUCCAUGCCCGUCAUGCACCCCAAACGGAGCCCGACCAGCACAGGGGACCGGGAGCUACGGGAGGGGCGAAUGCCUUCACGUAAGGCCAGCUGCAGCGUGAUGGGGAGCCACAGCCUCCCUCCCUCCAGCCCAAUGGUCAGCAGUGCCAACAACCCCAACAAGUCUGAGAUCCCAGACCGCCGCAAAGACAUGACUGCCACCACAAAUAACAUCCCUGGAAGCGCCAUGACACGCCGGAAUACAUACGUGUGCACAGACCGCUCGGGCGCUGACAGACACUCUCUCCUGCAGAAUGGCAAAGACAACAGCUCUUUGAGCCACCGCUUGCCUGCAGCGUCUCCCUCCACGCUCAGCAUUUCUGGGGCGGGGGGAGCCUCCUCCUCUUCCUCUUCGGACCGAUGCCGCCUGACCCGAGGCUCCACAAUUCGCAGCACCUUUCACGGGGGACAGCUGAGGGACCGCGGGCCUCCGGUUUAUUCUGCACCACCCACUUCACCUACCCUGUCUCACCAUGAGGCUAGCCCCCUGCCCCACGCCCGCACCAGGGCGACCUCCAACCUCUUCACAAAGCUGACCUCGAAACUCACUCGCAGGGUCACAAAUGAAUCUGAGGGAAUCAGGAGAUUUGCGGUCACAAGUUGCCAUUUACCUGGGUAUCAAAAAGCGUCCGAGCCCCGGGCCGUCGGACGUGGCUGGGAUCUGAGAGGCGGGGGGCGGCGGGACCCUGCGGAGGUGGUACUUGCUCUGCGGGAGGCAGCGCUCGGAUGUGGCUGCCAGGUCCACCACGCCGGCCCCUUUCUGCUCUCCUGUACCCACGGCGUGGCAGGGGGCAGCGUGGCUUUCGAGGCCGAAGUGUGCCAUCUUUCCACGGGCAACUCCGAGACUUCUAACGGGGUGCGCUACACGCGACUCUGGGGGGCACCGCUAGCUUUUCGGGACAUUGCCACCCAAAUCUCUAAGGACCUUGAACUUUGAACAAAGGGUGUGUUUUUGCGUAGGCUUGUGCUUUUUUGUGUGAGUGUUGAUGCGUGUGUGUGUGUUCUUGUGCAAUUUCAAAGGGGUGGAAAUAGUUGAAGAAAAAAAAAAGCAGAGAAGGGGUGAGGGGCUGGACCCGAGAGAAAAGACUUCUCCUUCUGUUUCUUUCAUUACAACCCCCCUUGCACACACACACACACACACACACACACAUACGAACACACACACAUACACACACACACACACACACACACACACGCCUGACCCGUAAAAGUCACAUAGACUGAUGCACCCACACUUCACCCUAUCACCCCACCCAGCUCAGCCAACUUCUUCUCUGAGCUGCUGCACCCACUGGACCUGGAUCAGAUGGAAUCUAGUUGAAUAUUUGUUAUUGCUACUCUAGCCAUAAUGACUCUUAAUUUUGUUAUUUAUUGCUCUAAUAAUUGUUUUUACCCACUGUCACUAUCAUCACUACAGUUUAAACACCAUUGUGUAGUGGACGUCAUUGACAAGCCAGUCCUUAUUUUUUAAACUCUUCUUUUAUAUGUUUAUGUUCACUGUUAAUUUGUUUCUCCUAACAAUGAUUACCUGCUGACGUUUCAUCACCUGGGGACAAUAACUUGCACAAAUGUGGAGGUGGUCAUAUUUGGUGAGAAGAUGAGCAGCAGCAGAGGGUUGCAUCGCAUUGAUUGGUGCACAAACAGCAGUGAUGACUGCACUGGAUUAAGGUCAGUGGGAGCAGGGUUGACAGGCUUUUGGAACAGCCAAUCAGAGGCUGACACUAAUGAACCAGUGACAUGUUGAGCUUGAUUAUCCAGUGGAGUUCUCAUCAUCUCUCAAUCACAGAAAAUAGAAAUGUAGAUCAACUUUACUGUGAAAAAGACCCUCAUAAAUUUGGAAAAGUCAUGUUGAAUUCUAGAUUUUUGUUGCAUUAAUUAUCUAAAUUUAUUUAGUUAAAGAACUAAUACAACUUUCAUCUAUACUGGCGCUCAGAAAGACAACGUGCACCAUACAUGCUGCUCCCUGAUUGGCUAGAUUCAUGCCUGUCAGUGCUGGUCAAUGACAGUAACUCCCACCUCAUUCUUUACCUUUCUUCAAAAGCAUCGCUCCGAAGACAAAACAGCAGUGACACAAACCUGAGAAAAAUGUUCCCUAACCCUCGACUUUUAAAAACUGUGCGAGUUGCUUAAAGUCAGCGUGAGCUCCUAACGUCACGCAGACCUGUCCAUGUGAAGGCAGUCAGUCGUCUCAAAAUAUGACACACUGUAAGUCUGAUGUAUUUUCAGUGCAAUGCAAUUCUAUGGUUUUGUGCCAUGUGACCUCGCCUCAGUCAUCAUGUCAGUAUGUCGAUGGGAAACCCCCAAAAGGGGAUCAGCCAAGCAAUUAAAACACAAACACAUGUCCAAGUAUCCACCCUCCUGUUUUUGUGGCACAGUGUAUAAACUGGUGUGUGCAUUGUUGAUGGCUGUGGGUAUCAGGGAGGGGGCCUCUUCUGAAUUUGGAAAUGAUGGAGGCAGUGUGGACGGUACUUUCUUCUGUUCAGUCCGUUGCCUUUAAAGUGAACAACCCCUAGCGCCUUCAUACAGUGCAUAUUUAAUGUAAAAAAAAAUCAAGAAACAAAAAAAAAACAGCUUUCUAUUCUCCCCGUUUUAUUUUAGUUAAAACAUACUGUGAUAUUUCUGUAGGCUACAGAUCAUGUUGUUUGGCUACUAAUUUACUGUUGAUACUCUCUCUCAGUUGUGGCUUUGCUCACAGUGACCCAAGACAGACACCAGUCUCUUCCACACUGAAGUUAAACUCUUUAAAUUGAACAGGCUCAGCUGUCCACACGCAUAUGGACCACCUACUUCUUUCUGUCGGCACAAUGAGCAUAUGGCUUACCUCUGCUCUUUGUUGGAGGUUUUUCUCACAGGGGAGCACUAUCAUCAUCCACACUCUCACAUUUUAAGACCCAUGUAUGGCAUCUUCUCAGUCCUGUUUGGUGCGUGCUGUUUCCUGGAGCCCGACGAGUGGGGAGGGUGGUGUUGACCCGUCCUCCUCCUCAUGUUGAGAAGCAGAAACCAAUAUGGGCGCUAGGAGUCUGUUGUUGUCCUCUCCCUGGACGUUUCUCAUUGUGGUGUAUAUUAGCAUUAGGUAAUAUAGACCUCAAUGCACUUUGCUUUGACUUGAAUCUGCUCCUUCCAGUGUACCUGUAUAGGUAAUACCCAGAACUAGCCACUGGAGGGCGCCAAUGUCUUAAAUGUGAAACACUUCAAUUUGUGGAUAUUUGCACAGGUACUUUAUUUAUUUUUUAGAAUAUCAUUAAAAAAACAGGAUUUAUAUCAGUCAGUUGAUGGCUGUAUAAAAAAUAUAUGAAUAUAGUAUAUAUCUUAGAGCUCAAGGUUUAUUUAUAGCUAGAGCAAGGGAAGUAAUUCUAGUUUUAAGCAGUUUCUGUCAGUGACAAUGGGGAACAAAAUCAACCUGCAAUCCUGCAUGACUUCAGAGUUUGGGUUUUAGGGUAAACAAUGAAACAUGAUGCACACCUAGAAUCAGAAGCUUUGUGAGAUGCAGACACAGUCAGUUUUCAAGACAUGAAUUGAUACAUAGAAAAUGG